GCCCGGGGCCGGCGGGCGCGGGCGCGGGCGCGGGCUGCCUUCGUCUGGCCCCGAGCUCGCCCGGAGCGAGCAGCCGCCCGCGAGCCGCCGCGGAGCCUCCUCGCCCGCUCCCGCCGGCGAGCAAGAUGAUGUGCGAGGUGAUGCCGACCAUCAGUGAAGCCGAAGGCCCCCCAGGAGGAAGCGGGAGUCAUGGGUCCGGCUCGCCGUCACAGCCCGACGCAGACUCACAUUUCGAACAGCUGAUGGUAUCCAUGCUGGAAGAGAGGGACCGUCUUCUGGACACGCUGAGAGAGACCCAGGAAACGCUGGCAUUGACCCAGGGGAAGUUACACGAGGUUGGUCACGAGCGAGACUCCUUGCAGAGGCAGCUCAACACGGCGCUCCCACAGGAGUUCGCGGCACUUACCAAGGAGCUCAACGUCUGCAGGGAGCAGCUCCUGGAGAGAGAGGAAGAGAUCGCAGAACUGAAGGCGGAAAGGAACAACACCAGGCUGCUGCUGGAGCACUUGGAGUGCCUCGUGUCCCGGCACGAGCGGUCGCUGCGCAUGACGGUGGUGAAGCGGCAGGCGCAGUCCCCGGCGGGCGUGUCCAGCGAGGUGGAGGUGCUCAAAGCCCUCAAGUCCUUGUUCGAGCACCACAAAGCCCUGGACGAAAAGGUGAGGGAGCGGCUGCGAGUAGCCCUGGAGAGGUGUAGCUUGUUGGAAGAAGAACUAGGAGCCACCCACAAAGAGCUAAUGAUUCUUAAAGAACAGAAUAAUCAGAAAAAAACGUUAACCGACGGACUGCUUGACAUGAACCACGAGCAAGAAAAUACUCCGAGCACAAACGGAAAGAGAUCUUCCGACGGUUCUUUAAGCCACGAGGAAGACCUUGCCAAAGUCCUCGAGCUCCAGGAAAUCAUAGACAAGCAGUCAGAGGAGCAGAGCCAGAUGAAGGAGCGCCUGGCCGCGCUCUCCAGUCACGUGACGGAGCUGGAGGAGGACCUGGACACCGCCAGGAAGGACCUCAUCAAGUCUGAGGAGGCCAACACGAAGCUGCAGCGCGAUGUCCGUGAAGCCAUGGCCCAGAAGGAGGACAUGGAGGAAAGGAUCACUACUCUUGAAAAACGCUACCUCGCAGCACAGCGCGAAGCCACCUCUGUGCAUGACCUCAACGAUAAACUUGAAAAUGAGAUUGCAAAUAAAGACUCAAUGCAUCGGCAGACCGAGGACAGGAACCGGCAGCUGCAGGAGCGCCUGGAGCUCGCCGAGCAGAAGCUGCAGCAGACCCUGCGGAAGGCCGAGACGCUCCCCGAGGUGGAGGCCGAGCUGGCGCAGAGGGUCGCCGCGCUCUCCAAGCCUGACCUCUUGUCUUCGGGAAGCUGUGCCGCUAAGGAAGCUAGACUGUUCGAACUCACUUCCCAGCUUAGGAAGGCCGAGGAGAGGCACGGCAACAUCGAGGAGAGGCUCCGGCAGAUGGAGGCACAGUUGGAGGAGAAGAACCAGGAACUGCAGCGGGCGAGACAGAGAGAAAAAAUGAAUGAGGAGCAUAACAAGCGUCUGUCAGACACGGUGGACAAGCUUCUUUCGGAAUCCAACGAGAGGCUUCAGCUCCAUCUCAAAGAGAGAAUGGCUGCUCUGGAGGACAAGAAUUCUCUGUUGCGAGAAGUUGAAACUGCGAAGAAGCAGUUAGAAGAGGCACAACACGAUAAGGAUCAGCUUGUCCUAAACGUGGAGGCGCUGAGAGCGGAGUUAGACCAGACGCGGCUGAGAGGCGCGUCCCUUCAUCACGGCCGACCGCACUUGGGCAGUGUCCCUGAUUUCCGGUUCCCUGUGGCGGAUGGCCCCACGGACUCCUACAGCAGCGGGGCGGUGUUGCGGCGCCCCCAGAAGGGCCGUCUGGCUGCUCUGCGAGAUGAGCCUUCCAAGGUACAGACUCUGAAUGAGCAGGACUGGGAGCGUGCCCAGCAAGCCAGUGUGCUGGCAAACGUGGCCCAGGCAUUCGAGAGUGACGUUGAUGUGUCUGAUGGCGAAGACGACAGGGACACUCUCUUCAGUUCGGCCGCUCUGCUGUCGCCCGGUGGGCAGGCCGAUGCCCAGACGCUGGCCAUGAUGCUUCAGGAGCAGCUGGACGCCAUCAACAAAGAGAUCAGGCUGAUCCAAGAAGAGAAGGAGAGCACGGAGCAGCGGGCGGAAGAGAUUGAGAGCCGAGUGGGCAGCGGCACUUUAGACAGCCCGGGCCGGUUCCGGUCUGGGGGUGCCGCCCCCCCACACCCCACAUCCACGCUCACAGGCCCGUCCCCUCCGCACAGCGGGCGCUCCACUCCGCGAAGGGGCCCACACAGCCCCGCCAGGGAGGUGGACAGACUGGGGGUCAUGACGCUGCCUAGUGAUUUAAGGAAACAUCGUAGAAAGUUGCCGGCUUCCCGGGAAGAGGUACGAGAUGACAAGGCAACGAUAAAAUGUGAAACGUCCCCCCCCUCCUCCCCGAGAUCCCUCCGCUUAGGCAGGCUGCACAAAGGAGCACUGCACACGGCCAGCCACGAGGACAUCAGGGACGUUAGAAACUCCACGGGCUCCCAGGACGGGCCUGUGAGCAACCCCAGCAGCAGCAGCAGCAGCCAGGACUCGCUGCACAAGGCCCCCAGGAAGAAGGGCAUCAAGUCCUCCAUCGGCCGGCUGUUCGGCAAGAAGGAGAAGGGCCGUCCCGGCCACGCCGGCAAGGAGCCCACGGGACCAGCUGCCGCUUCGGAGACGGAAAACUCCUCUCUGGACGCCCUGGGACUCAGCAAACUGGGAGGACAGGCUGAAAAAAACCGGAAACUUCAAAAAAAGCACGAAUUGCUCGAGGAAGCCCGGAGACAGGGUUUGCCUUUCGCACAGUGGGAUGGACCGACCGUGGUGGUUUGGCUGGAGCUGUGGGUCGGGAUGCCCGCCUGGUACGUGGCCGCCUGCCGAGCCAACGUGAAGAGCGGCGCCAUCAUGUCCGCGCUGUCGGACACGGAGAUCCAGCGGGAGAUCGGCAUCAGCAACCCGCUGCACCGGCUCAAGCUGCGGCUGGCCAUCCAGGAGAUCAUGUCCCUGACCAGUCCGUCAGCCCCUCCCACCUCGAGAACGACCACAGGAAAUGUCUGGUUAACGCAUGAAGAGAUGGAAACGCUCACAGCCACGCCACAAACGGAGGAUGAGGAGGGAAGCUGGGCUCAGACCCUGGCCUACGGGGACAUGAACCACGAGUGGAUCGGCAAUGAGUGGCUGCCCAGCCUGGGCCUGGCGCAGUACCGCAGCUAUUUCAUGGAGUGCCUGGUGGACGCGCGCAUGCUGGACCACCUGACCAAGAAGGACCUGCGCGGGCAGCUGAAGAUGGUGGACAGCCUCCACAGAAACAGUUUCCAGUGUGGAAUCAUGUGCCUGCGGAGAUUAAAUUAUGACCGAAAAGAACUAGAGAAGAAAAGAGAAGAAAGCCAGAAUGAAAUAAAAGAUGUGCUCGUUUGGAGCAAUGAUCGCGUGAUUCGCUGGAUCCUGUCGAUCGGCCUCAGAGAAUACGCCAACAAUCUCCUCGAGAGCGGCGUCCACGGCGCGCUGAUGGCCUUGGACGAGACCUUCGACGCCAACGCCCUGGCGCUCCUGCUGCAGAUCCCAACACAGAACACGCAGGCUCGCGCUGUCUUGGAGAGAGAGUUUAACAACCUUCUGGUCAUGGGGACUGACAGAAGGUUCGAUGAAGAUGACGAUAAAAGCUUUAGGAGGGCACCUUCCUGGAGGAAAAAGUUUAGACCAAAGGACGUUCGUGGCUUAGCUGCUGGGUCAGCAGAGACUCUCCCCGCAAACUUCCGGGUCACUUCUCUGUCCUCGCCCUCUGUGCAGCCAAAGAAGAUGCAGCUGGACGGCGGCGUGUCGGGACCGCAGAGGCUGGAUUCCGCCACGGUCAGGACUUACUCCUGCUGACGCCUCCUGCGGUUUACCCGCACUACUUCUACAGAUGAUUACGCAGCAUUUUGAAUCCAACAAAGACUACAUUUUAAAGUUCAAUGGAAUCUUUAAUCUGUUAAUACUUGUUAUAUGGACCGUGAGAUAUUUUAUUACAGAGUUUUUAAUUAGCGAAAAAUUCAUGAAUACCAUAGAGAAAAUAUUUUAGAAUUUAAUGUUUCUUAUAUUUAUGUAAACUUAUGACUUCAUUUACAUAGUUACUGACUUUUUCAUGUAUAUCCAGGCUAUAAAUAUCCUUUCAAAUCAAUUCAUGUACUUUUAUCUAAUUUUAGUCUUUCAGAUGAAUGUACUGUAAUGCUUGUAUGUAUAAAUCCUAAGAACAAAUCUAGGGCUUUUGUAAAUUGUGCAUUUAUUGUAAUUACCAUUGCUUAAUUUGUUAUUAAUAAACCCUGACAGAGAAGAUUUUUCCACGCUCGUAAAGUCAUCAUGACACAACGUGUGCUGUCAAACGGAACCCAGCUCCACAACAAUCAUUUUGAAAGAAGCAGACUCGAUUUCAAGCAACUGUUGUAUUUUAAUGACUGACCUUAAGUCUACUUUUUCUGGCAAGAAAUGCUUUAUUCCACAGCCUGAACAGAUUUAAACUAUCUGGUGUUAAGUAUCAGCUUUUGAAAAUUUGGACUGGAAAGAUUAUCGGAACACUAUGGGAAUCUCUUAGGACCCCUGGACUCUUUAUAGCCUCGCCCCCUGGGGGGGCUUGGGGCGAGCUGAGGAUCCUGAGGGCCUGGGGGGGGGCGGCCUGGGCGCCCUCCUGGUGCGGAGCUCGCUGGCGAGGACUCUCAGAGGACCAGUCAGGAAGCACUGCCUCCCCCCAAGCUGGGUGCCCGCAGGGGAGGAGGGCGCCGUCCUGGAAAUAAUGUUGUGCAACUCUAACAAGGCCUUACUCUUCUUAUGUAAAUCAUCUUUUUACAUUUGUUUGUAAACAUGUUUAAAGAAUGGACCUAGUCAUAGGUUUUUAGACUUUGAUGAGAUAGCCCUUUUGGAUUAUAUAAGGAGCAAAUGUAACUCUUCUUUUCUCCUCGGCAUAUUAAAAAGCCAGCAAGAAAUGUGUCCGACCACGGUGCGUUAUUUAUUAUGCCGCUGAUAGCGCUGGAAACGGCAUGUCUUUCUACAUUUGGUUUCAGCUUUUCAUUUACUCGUACAAUUCACUGUUACCGCUCUGUUUUUCUAUUAAUCUUUUGUGAAACUUCCUGACUAUGUAACAAAGUCUGUACAGUCUACUUUUGAGCUAUUUUUAUCACAGUAUUAUUUAUUGCUGUCUUUCAAUACAGUACUGAAGCGUUUUCCACUGCCAAUAAAGAAUACUGACAACCAGC